GGCUAUAUACAUUCAUUUGUCUGAACUGUAGACCUCCCCGCAGUCUCGGUGCUCAGAAUCUCUCCUUUCGCAGUAGGAGGAUCUCUCAGGGUUUUGGUUCGACAUGGCCUCGAAGCGAAUUCUGAAAGAGCUCAAGGAUCUCCAGAAAGAUCCUCCUACCUCUUGCAGUGCUGGCCCAGUUGCUGAAGAUAUGUUUCACUGGCAAGCAACAAUAAUGGGUCCACCUGACAGUCCUUAUGCAGGCGGAGUAUUUCUUGUUACCAUUCAUUUCCCACCUGAUUAUCCAUUCAAGCCACCUAAGGUUGCUUUUAGGACAAAGGUUUUUCACCCAAAUAUCAACAGCAAUGGGAGCAUUUGUCUUGACAUUUUGAAGGAACAGUGGAGUCCAGCACUUACAAUCUCCAAGGUGCUACUGUCUAUCUGCUCUCUGUUAACAGACCCCAACCCCGAUGAUCCUCUGGUGCCAGAGAUCGCUCACAUGUACAAGACGGACCGAAGCAAGUAUGAGACUACUGCCCGGAGCUGGACCCAGAAGUAUGCGAUGGGUUAGUUUCUACCUUGUGAGAGAGGAGAGCUCCUUCCCCUCGUGACUUUGUUCACUAUAUACAACUUAUGAAAAUGAAGUGUAUGUGUUCCAUAUAGAUGAUUGAACAUGAGGGGAAAGGUUGAAUCUGCCCCUAUUUAAAACUCUACUUUAAGUUUGUAAUGCAAAUUCUGUUUUUUCACAACUCCUCUAAUGGGGUUGCUA